AUGUCUACUGAAGUUGUUCAUCCCCCAAAGCACCAUAAACGUACCUUCACUGGAUACGCGAAACAUAUCAUCAAGAAAGAACAAGCUAAAUGGUCAAAAGAAACUUUAGCUUUGUGGGAAAAGUAUGGCGUUGGAGAGUCCGAUGAUAAGGAAGCUAUUCAAAAAUCUUUUAUUCGACACGUAACUACAACGCUUGCUAGAUCAAUGUUCAAUAUCGACAAUUUUAGUGCAUAUCAAGCAACUGCUCAUACCGUUCGAGAUAGAUUAAUUCAAAGAUGGAAUGAUACACAACAGACCCAUACUGAAGUUGAUCCUAAACGUGUAUAUUACUUAUCUUUGGAAUUCUUGUUGGGAAGAUCUUUAGAUAAUGCUCUUCUCAAUUUAGGAUUAAAAGAAAGUUGUGGAGAGGGUGUCAAGGAAUUAGGUUUCAGGAUGGAAGAUAUCCUCGAUCAAGAAGUCGACGCUGCACUCGGUAAUGGUGGUCUAGGACGUCUUGCCGCUUGCUAUAUGGAUUCCCUAGCUACUUUGGAUUAUCCUGCUUGGGGUUAUGGUCUUAGAUACACUUACGGUAUCUUUCAACAAAGGUUAAAGGACGGCUAUCAAGUCGAAUUUCCGGAUUAUUGGCUUAACUUCGAUAAUCCAUGGGAAAUUCCUCGUCUCGAUAUUGUCAUUGAUGUUAAAUUCUGCGGUUCCGUAAGUCGUUAUACUGAUGAACAAGAACGCGUACGACACGUUUGGGAAGGUACUGAAAUCGUUCAAGCUAUUGCAUAUGAUGUACCCAUUCCAGGAUAUGGUACCAAGAAUUGCAUCAAUAUCCGUCUAUGGAGUAGCAAACCUGAGCGCCAAUUUGAUCUUAACCGAUUUAACGAAGGUCAAUAUGAACAGGCUGUCCAAGAACAAAUGAAAGCUGAAAAUAUAACUGCUGUGUUGUAUCCUAACGACAAUCAUAUGGUUGGCAAGGAAUUACGUCUUAAACAACAAUAUUUCUGGGUAGCUGCUAGUCUUCACGAUAUCGUUCGCCGCUUCAAAAAAUCACAAAGAUUAUGGACCGAAUUCCCUAAUCAGGUUGCCAUCCAAUUGAAUGACACUCAUCCAACACUUGCUAUUGUCGAACUUCAAAGAAUAUUGGUCGAUCUUGAAGGACUUGACUGGGAUGAUGCAUGGGGCAUUGUCACCCGAACAUUUGCUUUUACAAAUCACACUAUUCUUCCCGAAGCUAUGGAAAGAUGGCCAGUUCCCAUGGUGUCAUAUUUGUUACCAAGACAUAUGCAGAUCAUUUUCGAUAUCAAUUUAUUCUUCUUACAAAAAGUUGAAAAGGCUUAUCCCAAAGAUCGUGACAUUUUAGCCAAAUUAUCUAUUAUUGAGGAGUCAUCACCACAAUUCGUGAGAAUGGCACAUCUUGCCAUCGUUGGUUCACAUCGUGUCAAUGGUGUUGCUGAGUUACAUUCAAGCUUAAUCAAAACAACGAUUUUUAAAGAUUUCGUUGGUUUUUAUGGUGAUAAAAAAUUCGAGAACAAGACAAACGGCAUUACUCCUCGCAGAUGGUUACAUCAGGCAAAUCCUAAAUUAAGUGAUUUAAUAACCGAGACCUUAGGAAAUAAAGAUUGGCUAAAGAACCUUUAUUUAUUGAAAGGACUUGAAAAAUGUGUUAACAAAAAAGAUUUCAGAAAACGUUGGGUUGAUGUUAAACAUUCAAACAAGGCUCGUCUGGCUAAAUACAUCGAAAAAUCUACUGGAAUUAUUGUAAAUCCAAAUGCUUUGUUUGACGUUCAAGUUAAAAGAAUCCAUGAAUAUAAAAGACAAUUUAUGAAUAUCUUGAGUGUCAUUCACCGAUAUAAUGCAUUGAAAAAGAUGGACACAAAAGAACGAAAAAAAUCUGUUCCUCGAGUUGUCAUUUUUGGAGGAAAGGCUGCCCCCGGUUAUUACAUUGCAAAAUUGGUGAUUAAAUUGAUAAAUAGUGUUGCCGAAGUUGUGAACAAAGACAUUUCAAUUGAUGAUACCUUGAAGGUUGUUUUUAUCCCAGAUUAUAAUGUCUCAGUUGCCGAAAUUAUUAUUCCAGCCUCGGACAUUUCGCAACAUAUUUCAACAGCCGGUACAGAAGCUUCUGGAACCAGUAACAUGAAAUUUGUUUUAAACGGAGGUUUAAUUCUCGGUACAGUUGACGGUGCUAAUAUUGAAAUUCAUGAAGAAAUUGGUGACGAGAACAUUUUCAUGUUUGGACAUUUGGCUGAUAGAAUCGAUGACUUGAGACAUGCGCAUAGAUACCGUAACGUACCAAUGGAUCCCGCUUUACAAGCGGUAGUAAACGACAUCGAAUCAGGUCACUUUGGAGAUUCGCGUAUUUUUGCACCCUUAAUCAACACACUGACUCACGGUAAAGACUAUUAUCUAAUCUCUGAUGAUUUCGAAUCAUACCUUAAUGCACAAAUUUUGGUGGAUGAAGCUUAUAAAGAUCAAGAAGGAUGGUCAAAAAAGAGUAUCUUGUGUGCUGCAAAUAUGGGCAAAUUCUCAUCCGAUCGUGCUAUCAAAGAAUACGCAAAUCAGAUAUGGAAUAUUGAACCUGUACUUGUUGAAACUAAGCAAUGUAGUUAA